GAUGGCAUGUAUAAGCGUGGAACAAUCCACAAAGCGCGAGUUCUGUCGUACAAAAUGAUCGAGCGACAACUCGUUGUCUCUACGAAGAGUGAAAUUUUCAACCAGAAAAUGGUUUCAUUAGCGGAUGCGGUGCCCGGUGAGAAAGUUCGAGCCAAAAUCGAAUCAGUCCAACCGAAUGGACUCUUUGUUCGUGUUUACAAUCAAAUCAGUGGAUUCAUUCCGCUAACACUCGUCUCCGAUAAGCAGUUCACUCGCAUCGAAAAACAUUAUAGCAAGGAUAUUUAUGUCCCGUGA